AUGAAAAAUACAGAAGCUAUGGAAGCAAAUGAUAAAGGUGAAGAAGUAAUAGAAAUACAAAAUAAUAAAAAUUAUAAAAUGAAUUGUAACUAUCAUAUAAAUAUAUGUAAUGAAAUGGAUAACGUAACCAUAUCAAGAAAAGCAACAUUAAACGACCCAUAUGAUUUAUCAAAAUGGAAAUUAUUUAGAAUAUUAAUAAUUAAAUUAGCAUUUUCCUUAUUAUAUCUAAUAGUUUCAUUAAUUAUACAAGGUUUUUUAAUGAUUUACAGUGAUUCCUAUUAUAAAAGAUAUACACCACCAUUAAGCGAUAGAAUACAUGAAUUAUUUGAAUAUCCACCUAAGUGGGCUUCCUAUAAUUUGUCGAAUAAUUUAAUAGCGAUUUUAACAGUUUUUGUAGUUUUUAGAUUAAUUGUUUUUAAUAGCAUAUACUUAUCUAUAGCUAUUAUUUGCCGAUUUAUUUAUAUGCUUGGGUCCUUUUAUAUUUUAAGAGGGAUAUUAAUAUAUGUUACUUCUUUGCCUGCUACAUUAGAGACUUGCUUACCUCUCGAAAGUGGAAAUAUUCAUUUUAAUUUAUUACAAAUAUUGAAAAUAAACAUGAACUUAGUUUAUGUGUGUUCAGAUUUAAUAGUAUCAGGCCACUCUUUUUCAACAACUUUACUUUUAAUGUUUUCUCUUUAUUAUAUGAACAGUGUAACAUUAAAAAUUAUUUUAUCUUUGUUUUGUUGUUUUAUUUAUGUAUUUAUAAUUAUUGGUUUUAUACAUUAUACAUCUGAUGUACUGCUUGGUUUAUUUUUUGGUGUUUUUAUUUUUUCCCUUUAUCAUAUAAUGCUUGAUUUAUCUUCACAAUAUUAUUUAUUUUCCACGUUAUUUGAAGUUAAAAUCGUUUCAAAUAAAAAAGAUGUUCAGGCAAAACCAUUUUUUUUAAGAUUUUUCCUUGCUAGAAUGUUUUUGAAAAUUAUUCCCUUCUUAGAAGGAUUAAAUUACACGAUGAAUUAUGCUAUAAAUGAAAAUAAUGAUUUUUCAACUUUUUGUAAUUGUGAAAAUUACAGUAAAGAUAGAAAUUUAAUCUCCUUUCAUAAAUCAUCGAAAGAAAAUAAGAUUUCCAUCUAUUGUUCAGAUCAUUUAUUUCAUAGCUAUGCCGGAGAUGGUACUAUAAAUUUUUUAUUAUUCAAAUUUGUCAGAUUGAUAAAUAUUAAAUAA